AUGAAACAUCACAAAAAGAAACAGUCAGGGCAUAACAAUAGCCACAAUUCCAACAGAGGUAUUCUUAGAAAACCAAGAUGGAAACGAAUAUUAUGGCAACGACAACCUUAUCCUGAUAAUUAUACAGAUCUGAAUUUCCUUGAUGUUUUAAACGAACUUAAAAAAUGGAAAGAAGAUCCAUUAGAACCCGGAGCUAUAAAAGUUAAUCGCAACAAUAUAACUUUCAUCCGUAACGAUUUUAUUCGUUUUUAUGAAUCUGCAAUGUUCACCUCAUUUAUUUAUAUUACUUUUGUUCUUAUAUAUUAUUAUAACUGGAACCCCAUACGUAUUACGUUACAAACCUCAUGCUUAAUAUUCAUACUGUUAUUUAUAAUACACUUUUUCCAUUCCAAUUCGAAUAAUAAUAAACCAAGUUCCACAUUACUCAGCAUAAAAUCUUCCAUUAUCAUUGUCUUCACAUUAUCAGUUUUAUCUCCAGUUUUAAAAUCAUUAUCAAAGACUACUUCAUCAGAUUCUAUUUGGACCUUAUCGUUUUGGAUGACCAUAACAUACAUAUGGACAAUCUCACCAUUACCAAUUCAAUCUUCAAUAAAUGAACUGGGUCCUGACCAAAGCAUACAAACUCCUUCAAAUCUUUCCACCAAUUUACUAUUGGCAAAUAUGGCAGUCCUAGCAUCCAGAUUAUCUAGUGGGAGACAAGUGUUUUGCUUUCUAUUAAUAUCAAUCCAGCUAAAUAUUAUUCUACCAAGAAUUAUCAUAUUUUUCAAUCAUUACCUUAUUUUCACAUUGUUAAAUAUGAUAAUUUUCUUCUUUACAUACCUUGUCUUAGGAUUGAAGAAAACAUUAGUAAUAGCAAGUGUUUGUGCUUGCUUUCUAAUAGUAUUACCUGAAUGGUUUUUCUAUUGGCAAAAAUAUUACAAGAAGUUCCCAUUAGGUGUGGCUCUCAAGACAGAUAAACAACAAAUGAAUCCAACUACUAGUAACGAACCAAUGUCUAUACUAACCGCUUGGGACACCAAGAAAUCAAUCCUAGACUGA